GAAUAGAUGAAGGAAAGCUUCAGGGAGAGAGGGAGGAAAAGAGGGAGGGAAGGAGAGAUGAUGCGUGGGCAAGUUUGGGGAAGGGUCCAGCAGAGGACAUGGAGUUGAAGCACCUGGAUGCUGUAAGCAAAUGGGCAGAGGCAAAAGAGGAGACCAGCCCACCUUCCCUGUCUCUCUCCUCCCUGUCUCUCUCCUCCAUCAGGGGCUGUGGACUGCUAGGUCACUGUUCGUGGUCCCCUUGACUCCUCUGAAGCUUGCAAAACCUGCUGUGUGCCAAGCCUGCCCUCCCCAGCCAGGGACACCUGUCCCUUCCCACAGCCUAGCCAGGCUGGGGAGAGGGUGUCGGGCUGGGGAGAGGGUGUUGGGGAAUGGGGGUCUCCAAGAGCUACAGAGGGCCAGCCAAGCUCAGCAGAGAUGAACUGAGGGAAGGAAGCAGGCAAACAAAAGGCUGCACACCUAAGGACGAAGGAGAUGAGGGUAGGUGGACAGAAUGACAGGCAGGCAGACCACAUAUGAGGAGGACUCCGAAGUUCCUCAGUAUCAUCCAUCCCCCAUGCCUCCACCCAGAGGGCUUAGAAAAAACCUCUCCUGCCCUUGGCCUCCUCUAAUUUGAAGCUGUCAGCUUGGCAGUACCCAGUGGCUCUGCCUAAACCCUCUCAGGUGUUUUUCCCCCUUAAAAUAUCAUUAGGACUUCACAGUUCGGGCCUCAGCUUGGCUCCAGGCUAAAAGGGAAGCUGCUGGGGAGGGGGAGCAGGACAGCCCGCAGGCACUCCUCCAGCUGGAGAGUUAGAAGCUGGAUAGAACACCUCCGGCCCUCUCCCAGGGGCAGCAGCAGCCCAAGCUCCUCCCGGCCACAUGGACACGCUCUCGGAACCCCACUCCAGCUGCAGGCGACUGUGCCUUUAAAUUGCUGCUUUCGGAGGGUGCAUCUGGGGGGAGGUGAGAGGGAGGGAAACCUCCUACCAGUCUCCCUCCUCCCUCCCCUCCAAGACUCUCCGGGGUUUGGAGAGUGAUUGCUGCCCAAAGAGAAUCUCCUUCGGCUCCCCAGCAAGCAAGCUGAGGCCCUCCGGUGCCCCAGGAGAGCCAGAGCAGGAGCCGGUAGGGUUAUCUGUGUCAGGAUCAUUUCCAGGGGAAUAGUUCUGGCCCCUGACUGGUAACGGCAGGGCAGAGGAGAAGAGAGCAGAAGAGGAGAGAGCGCAACUCCUAGCCCAGCCCCUGCGGGCUCCUUGUGAGCAGCCCAAGUUGGAGGAAGGCUCUAUACUUUCGGGUUCCUCGCCAGGAUAUCCCCUCUCACCUUGGCAGCCAGGCUGAGAAAGGGCUCCAGGGUCCCCGCGGAAUGAAAACUCUCGUUCCUGCAACCCUCUCCUUUCUUCUCCUCUGGACCCUGCCAAGGCAGGUCCUCCUCAGGGUGGCCUUGGCAAAAGAGGAAGUCAAAUCUGGGACCAAGGGGUCCCAGCCCAUGUCCCCCUCUGAUUUCCUGGACAAGCUUAUGGGGCGAACAUCCGGAUAUGAUGCCAGGAUUCGACCCAAUUUUAAAGGCCCACCCGUGAACGUGACCUGCAACAUCUUCAUCAACAGUUUUGGCUCUGUCACUGAGACUACCAUGGACUAUCGAGUGAAUGUCUUCUUGCGGCAGCAGUGGAAUGACCCACGCCUGGCCUACCGAGAGUAUCCUGAUGAUUCACUGGACCUCGAUCCCUCCAUGCUGGACUCUAUCUGGAAGCCAGACCUGUUUUUUGCCAAUGAGAAAGGGGCCAACUUCCAUGAGGUGACCACAGACAACAAGUUACUGCGCAUCUUCAAGAAUGGGAAUGUGCUCUACAGCAUCAGGCUGACCCUCAUUUUGUCCUGCCCAAUGGACCUCAAGAACUUCCCCAUGGACAUCCAGACCUGCACGAUGCAGCUGGAGAGCUUUGGCUACACCAUGAAUGACCUUGUGUUUGAGUGGCUGGAAGAUGCUCCGGCUGUCCAAGUGGCUGAGGGGCUGACUCUGCCCCAGUUUAUCUUGCGGGAUGAGAAGGACCUAGGCUACUGUACCAAGCACUACAACACAGGGAAAUUCACCUGCAUCGAGGUAAAGUUUCACCUGGAACGGCAGAUGGGCUACUAUCUGAUUCAGAUGUACAUCCCCAGCCUACUCAUCGUCAUCUUGUCCUGGGUCUCCUUCUGGAUCAACAUGGAUGCUGCCCCUGCCCGUGUGGGCCUAGGCAUCACCACCGUGCUCACCAUGACAACUCAGAGCUCUGGCUCCCGGGCCUCUUUGCCUAAGGUGUCCUACGUGAAGGCAAUCGACAUCUGGAUGGCUGUGUGCCUGCUCUUUGUAUUCGCUGCCCUGCUGGAGUACGCUGCUGUCAAUUUUGUCUCCCGUCAGCAUAAGGAAUUCAUGCGACUUCGAAGAAGGCAGAGGCGCCAACACAUGGAGGAAGAUAUCAUUCGAGAAAGUCGCUUCUAUUUCCGUGGCUAUGGCCUGGGCCACUGCCUGCAGGCAAGGGAUGGAGGUCCAAUGGAAGGGCCUGGCAUUUAUAGCCCCCAACCUCCAGCCCCUCUUCUGAAGGAGGCAGAAACCAUGCGGAAACUCUAUGUGGACCAAGCCAAGAGGAUUGACACCAUCUCCCGUGCUGUCUUCCCUUUCACUUUCCUCAUCUUCAACAUCUUCUACUGGGUUGUCUAUAAAGUGCUACGGUCAGAAGAUAUCCACCAGGCACUGUGAAUAGAGUGGAGGCCAGAGAGUCCAGCUGUUGGCUUCCUUCCUCCUAGGUGGGCUUUCCCCCUCUGUUAGAUUCUAUCAGGGGGUUGGACAGUUCCUUCCUGAUCUCCCACUCAGAAUUUCAACGGCCAAUCCUGAAGCUAUGGGGGUCUACACUGCAUGGUGCCAAUAGUAGCUGGACUUAGAAAGAUGGCUUAUCUACCCUAAUCCAGAUUUUCUCCGUGCUAUCCCAUUUCUCUUGAGAGUAAGUUUUGGCCGUGUUCCUGGGGCCGGGAUGACCUUCUUCCCUUGCUGGAACCUCUCUGUUUUCCAGUUUUCUAGAGGAGAAGAGUCAUACUGCUGCUACUAGAUUCUGGUGUUUGUCAUAUUAAUCUGCACCACUCUUCACCCUGCCACCUCCACCUAGAGCCUGGCCUGUACUGUGCCCUCUGUCCCUCCUACCACAGGCUCAAAUAGGGAGUCUUUGCUGCCCACAAGUGCUGCCCUGGGUGACCCAGUCAGGUUUCCUUGUCUAUGGGAGGAAGGCAAGGUGACAGGUUCCGUACCUUUCAGCAAGGUUGGAACAGUCAUGAGCUGCGCUGGGAUAGGGCAUUGCUAUACGACCCAAAAGAGAUCUUCAAGUCUCCUAGGAUGCUCAAUACUGUCAGAACAGGGUCAGGAAUCUUGGACUCUCGGAAAGCCCACCCUUCCAGAUCCACCUGAAUUUCCUGGUCUCAGAAAUAUUUGUUUUAUUCUCUAACCAGCUAGUAUGGCGGUAGGGUGUGUUUGGCUGCUAGGGAGUAUAAAAAGAGAAAAAUGCUUACUUUUUAAGAAACUUACUCAGUGAUGCUAGGAAACUUUCAAGAAAAAUGAGACCCAAGGUAGUAGGACCUAGGAGGAAUAGGAUACAGAAACUAUCCUCAGAGAGAUUUUUGUUGGCUGGACAUUCAUUUGUUUCUUCUUUUUCUCAAAGUCGCUUUAUUUCCCAGAACCCUUCAUUUCCAACUUGUUCCUUCACCUCCUUUUAGUGGGCUAAUAAUAGUGUCAUGCAACCUUUCCCGGGAUAAAGUGGGCUUCAAAGUUCCUGGGGAGGAACUAGGCAUAUAGAGGACUCCUAUCCUUGACAAACAUUGACUUGGCCGACCUUAGGGUAGUAGUUGUAGAAGGUAGAGAGCCAUGAAUUGGAGUCCUUUCUUAACCCUUCUUUUGCUUCCCUUCUCCUUCCACAGUGAGGAUGGGGAGCAGGCAGUGGAAGCUGCCAGAAAUAUCAGGAUAGAGAGGGUGUGGGAGAGCCCAUUCAGGCCUGACAUACGACUGGGACGUGGGGAAGCAUGGGUCUGGUACACUGAGUCCUUUGAAGUGACCCAACUGUGAGGAAUUGAAAAAGGGUGGGGCUAACAGCUGGAAGACAGAGGUGAUCAAAUGAUUUCUUAAACAUCUUGUCCUUUUCUCUGGACCUACAAUAAUUAACUAUGUGAGUCCAAUCUCUCUCUCUCUCUCUCUCCCCCGCCCUCCCUCCCUCUCUUCCCCUCUUCCUCCUUUCAUCAAAAUGGUGUUCCAGAUUGAAAGUCAAUAAAUCCAAUGACCAAAGCAAAUCCUAUAAUCAAACCAAGAGGUCAGCUUUCUUUCCCCCUUUUUCCUAUUGAGCUUGUCUGCUCUUUCCUGUUCACUGAGCUACUCCUCUUGUCUGUCUCUUGGCUUUGAGGAUAGCAUUAUUCUGGGCUGACCAGGGUAGCUGGACCAGAAAUUAAUCUUGUUGACGAUAUUAACUAUGACUCUGGUGCCAAGGAGAGUCAAAACUAAAGGACCGGCAUAAGGGAGGAGAUUGAAUUGAGAGGGCAGAGAGUCCCUGUUUUCCCAUUUCUGCCCAGGUAGUGCCAAUCAAUGAGAAGCCACAAGCAAUACCCUUUUGAAAGGAGCAGAGAGUAUCUCUUUGAUACUCUCCAUGGCGGGGCUGGGGUGUCAGGCUGCUGCAGCCCGAAGGCGGGGGUAGCGGGGGGUGGACUAUGGAGAUGAGCUUAUUGCACAGAGCUCUACUUGUUAUAGAUCUUGUCCAGAUGGGCCAACUGCACAAAUCUGCCCUGUUGGAAGUCUCAAGAACAAUGCCCUGGAGACAGCUAGCACUGAGCAAUAGAGCCUGCCCAACUGGGACUCAGCUCAGGGCAUCAGCUGGUGCUGGGAGCCAAAGAAGCCAAAGUACCAACCAACAUAAUAGCUCAAAGGAGUUCACAAAGCUACUCAGAGGCAAUGCCAGGUGGAAGGUACUGUCCCUCCCUCUCAGAGCCCCCAAGUGGAGAAGGGAGACACAUGGUAUCAGAAUCAGGUGCAAAUGGAUUUCAUUUUCUUCACCCUUCCCACAUACGCGGUGGAGGGGAAUGUUGGGUCCCACUGGAAGCGUGUGACACCUAGCAAUCCAUUCAGUCAUGAAAUUCUUAAACUUGGGACCCUCUCAGAACAGUGAGCUGGCAGGAGGUGACAUAAGAGACUCGCUUGGAGGUCACUUCCAUUUAUCCUCAUCCUUAUAGUACUCAUUCCUCCAGAGACCCACACUGCUUUCUGCCUGGAUCACAUAUGAAGUGAUUUUGAGUUUUAAAGCAGCAUAUUUUCUAAAGGGGAAAAAACUUCCUAUACUAAUAAGGUGUUUUGGGUGUUUUCAUUAAUUCAUUGUUAAUGUCAGUUAAAUAUUUUACACAUAAAUUUUUCCAGAGAAAGGGCUUUGUUUAUUCAGUUGUCAUUGAGGCUAUCAGCACCUCCAUCUUCCCUUCCGUUUGCUCUGCUCUUUGGAAAACCAGUGGUCUGUCUUCCUCUUUCCCCUCGUUCCACUAGCAGGGCCUCUUGCUCUCCCAAAAUUCACAAUCAAAUCAAAAAGAGCUUUCUAUGUGGAAGAAAGGUAGUGAACACAGUUUAUUCCUUUUCAUUUCCUCCACAAGCCUUUUCUCCCCACCUAUCACCAAAGAACUGACACUCUUCUAGUUGAAAUGUUAAGUUGAUCCCUGAGCUAUUUUCCCAUUUCACCAAGCCAUGUAAAUAUCUCAACUUUGUCCAGAACAUACUACCUCCUGAGAAUCUAUGUGUCCCCAAUUGCCUCUCUUCAUUCUUGAUUUACUAUUAUCAAUGUUUUCAUUAUUAUUAUUAUUAUUAUUAUUAUUAUUAUUAUAUGAUUAUCUUAUCAUUUCUAGCUGUCAAAAUCUUAAAUUCAAAUUCACUAUGUUGGGAUUAAAGAUCUCCCUAGCCUGCUCUGCUGAUGAAAGACAAAUCAGCCAAGCAUGGGAACUGCCAAGGGAUUAGGAAGUCAGGUAGUAUUAUCACUUGCUGAAUGGAAGAAAUGUAGAAUAAGCUCCUUGAGGGCAGGAACUGCCUCUUAUACAACUGUUUAGCCCACACAGCUUUGGCUACAUAGCAAUACUCAGCACGUAUAUGUAGAAGGAAAGCAUGACUUCUCAUGUGGUUUAUUAUAUACUACAUUUCUAUUCAUUCUCUUUCCAUUAAUCUGUUGAUCACAGAAAAAUAGACCUGGAAGGGAACUUAUAAAAUCAGACAGAGUUCACACACACAUGUGCAUGCACACACACACACACACACCCAAGCUGGUCCAAAAGUUAAGAAGACAUCAAAACCUGGUAAAUUGCAUUGUUGAAUAAAGAAUGAUAAUGAUCUGAUUAAACAUUAAUAAUAUUCCAAAUAUGGAGACUAGUAUCAAGCUAUAUCUCAAAAACCAAUCACCAAAUGAAAAGUCUAGCAGUGACAAGUGAGUACAGUAGCAGAGAUUUUGGCAGUACAACCAUCUGCCUUUCUCUGCUGCACAUGCUGUUCCCACUGAAGGGAUAACAAUUAGACUGUCCUUCCCAGCCUCACACUCCAUGCUCCAUUAUGCCUCACAUCUAGUAUAACAUUUACAGUCUACAAACUUGGACUGGUGGCAUCAGAACAACUUGUCAACAAAUCUGAGACCUGGAGGAGGGAGAAUAUCUGAGCUAGGGGCUUUCUUGUUCACAGAGCAUUCUCUCCAUGAAAGAACGAAGUAUGGCUGCUGUCAUGCAGCCACCUCAAAAAGUCACAUGAGAACUCGGCUAUUGCUGCCCAGCAUGAGUAGCUCUGUUUUUCUCGGUCUCUGCUUUCACCAUGAGGUUUUCUACAAAUGCCCUGGCUGCAUUAUACUGUGUGGUGCAUUACCAAGGAAGUAUAUGCUGUCACUACCAGCUCCCUGGCAUAAGGGCAAUUCUUACUAUCACUUAAGUUCAGGGAAUGUUUUGCCUUACAGAGCUGGAUCUAGAAAAAUAUGCACAUAUUCUCUAUUUUAAUAGCUUCCAUUCAUAACAGCAUAGUGAUUAAGAGUGUGGCUUUGGUACCAGAGAGAGCCUGGGUUUGCAUUAUAAGUCCAACACUCACUAGAUAGGGAUUCUGGGACACCUCUGGACUUCACCUCCCUCAGCCUUAGAUUCCUCCUCUAAAGAGCCAUUGGAGGUCUCUGAAAGAUCCAACACACAACAACUGUGUGGCCUUGAGCAAAUCAUUGAACCUUUCUGUGAUUCAAUUUUCACAUCUGUUAAAUGAAGGCAAUAUCAGUACCUACCUCAUAGGGUUGUUGUGGGAAUUAAAUGAGAUAAUGUAAGUAAAGUGCUUAACUCAAUGCUUGGCCCAUAGUAAGUGCUCAAUAAAGAUUAGCUAUUACAUGACCAGACCACAUCAUUGUAGUCUGUCUUCUACCCUGUCAAAUUUCUAGCAUGUGGGCCUGGUUGGAACUUUAGAUUUCUAUUCUGUGCCUCUCAUCUUGCUGAGUUCACACUCAGAAAAGUGGUCAAAAAUCACCUCUCGGGGCUGGCCUGGUAGCACAGUGGUUAAGUUCGCAUAUUCCACUU